AUGGGCCUCGCAGGGACAAAAAAGCGCAUAAAGCUCUCGCACGACCCAAAUAACACAACAUGGACGAACGACACCGAAGGCUUCGGCCACAAGAUCAUGACUGCCCAAGGCUGGCAGCCAGGGCAGUACCUCGGAGCCAAAGAUGCAGCUCACGCCGAAUUCCACACGGCGGCCAAUGCAUCCCAUAUUCGAGUCAUGAUCAAAGACGAUAACCUGGGCUUGGGAGCGAAAAUUGGAAGUGGUGUCGGCCAUGGCGAAUGCACGGGGUUGGAUGUCUUUAAAAGUAUUCUUGGGAGGCUUAAUGGCAAGGAGGAAGUCGAGUUAGAGCAGGAAAAGAAGUCUAGGGAAGAUUUAAAGAGGGCAAUAUAUACUGAACGGAAGUGGGGGAGCAUAAGAUUCGUUCAGGGAGGGUUUCUGAUUGGGGACAAGAUUCAGCACCUAAUUGAUGGCGAAGUCGAACGGGUACGGAAGCUUGCUGAAGGAUCGACAGAGGACACGAGUGGAUCCAGCUCUGAGUCUGAACUAGAGGAACGUUCUGAGCCUAUUAAGAAGUCUAAGAAAUCUAAGAAGCGGAAAGCGGAGGCUAUCGAAGAAGAGGUUUCCGACGCUGUGGCUGUCAAGGUGAAGAAGUCGAAGAAGAAGGAGAAAUUACAAGCUAACGAAGCGGAGGAUGCUAUGGAACCUUUAGUUGAGGCCAAACUGUCCAAGAAGUCUAAGAAGGAUCGGAAAGCGAAAGAGGAGCCUGAUAAUACGUCAGAUGAGGACUCGAAGCGCAAACAACGAAAGAAGGAGAAGAAAGAGGCGCGAAAGCAGAAGGGAAAAUCAACAUCUGAGGAUCAAGAGGAGGUCAAGGGCAUAAAGAAAUCCAAACGCGAUCGAAAGGCGGCACUUGGUAGUUUACCUACAUCCUCCGAGUCCUCCCAAGUCCCUACGAAGGAAAGCACCCCUUCAUCAACUGUUCCAACUCCGUCGAGCGGCUAUUCAACGCCCAUGAUGCAGGGCCGCCACGCAGUCCGGUCUCGAAAUAUUGCACAAAAGCGGCUUGCAAGCAUGGAUGUAGCGUCAUUGAACCAGAUUUUCAUGAUAAAAUCAUAG